AUGAAACAAUUAAAAUAUCUUUUUUUUAUAAUAAUAUUUUUAUUGUUAAUUAAUUUUACAUUAUCUAUUAACGAUGACUAUCCAAAUGUUCUAUUAACAUUAGAGAAUAAUCCAGAAUUUCUAACUAAAGCAAAAAAUAGUACUAUUAUUGAGGUAAAAAAUGUUUUAAGAAAUAUUUCUAUAACUUAUGAAGAUCAAGUUGAUAAUGUUAAAAAAAUAUUGAAUUCUGAUCCAAAUGUUAAGGGACUAUUUGAAAAAAUAGAAAAACAGUUUAAAAAAACAAUUGAUCAGAAAUUAAAAUUAAUAAGACGUAAUUUUGAAAUAAUAUAUAAAAAUGUUACUGCUAAUAUAACUGAUCCUGAAGUAAAACUUGUAGCAAAUACAUUAGCUUCUGUCAUCAGAAAUACAUCAAUGCCAUUAAGUGAAUUGGAAUUAAAAAUAAAAACAAUUUUUGAAAAUAUUGAACCAAACAUUAGUGAUCAAUUAAAAGUAUUAAUACCAAAAGAACUUAAUUUACAAAUAAACUUUAAAUCUAAACCAUGGACAGCAAAGUUUGUAGAUGGACUAAAAAGUUUUGGUAGAAAAAUUAAGAAUUUUUUUAAUGGUAAUAAAAAUAGCAAUAAUUAUGAACAAGUUGCACUUUCUUCUAAUGACACUUCUAAAAUUAAAUAA